GUUGGCAGUUGCUCUGGCGCCACUCUGCCUUUCUCAGCCUCUCUGCUUCUUCUUGAUCAUCAAUGGCGGCAGCAGUGACAGCAGCAGCACCACCAAAUCUAACAAGCCUGAGAUUCCAUGGUUGGCGCGAAAAACCCACAUUCUCAAUCUCACCAACAACUCUUCGCUUCUUCAGAAACUCAAGCCGUACAAAGCAUCUCACUCAAGUUUUGGCUCUCGUAGAUGAACAACAGCAGCAACAACAAGUCUCGUUUACAGAGGAAGAGAACUCUCUCGUUGAAGCCCUCAUUGGAAUUCAAGGCCGAGGCCGCUCUGCUUCUCCUCAGCAACUCACUGAUGUUGAGCGUGCUGUGCAGGCUCUUGAAAGUUUACAAGGCAUUCCGGACCCGACCAGCUCUAGUUUGAUUGAGGGACGCUGGCAAUUGAUGUUUACUACAAGACCUGGAACUGCCUCUCCUAUUCAAAGGACAUUUGUUGGGGUCGACUUCUUUAGCGUGUUUCAAGAGGUAUUUCUUCGGACAAAUGACCCACGCGUAUCCAAUAUCGUAAAAUUCUCUGAUGCAAUAGGUGAGCUGAAAGUAGAGGCGGCAGCGUCAAUCAAAGAUAGGAAACGAAUCCUUUUCCGGUUUGACAGAGCAGCCUUUUCUUUCAAAUUUUUACCAUUUAAGGUUCCAUAUCCAGUUCCAUUCAGACUUCUUGGAGAUGAGGCAAAGGGUUGGUUGGAUACCACAUACUUGUCCCAAUCUGGAAACCUCCGAAUAUCAAGAGGAAAUAAGGGAACCACAUUUGUGCUGCAAAAGAAAACUGAGCCUAGGCAAAGAUUGCUAUCAACCAUCUCCACGGGUACAGGAAUCAAAGAGGCAAUCGAUGAGUUCAUCUCCUUCAACGAGAAUAAGGGCAUAGGUGAACCAGAACUCCAAGAGGGAGAGUGGGAAAUGCUAUGGAGUUCACAGGAAGAGACGGAUAGUUGGUUAGAGAAUGCUGCCAAUGGUCUUAUGGGCAAGCAAAUUGUCAAGGAAAAUGGACAAAUAAAGUUUGUGGUUGACAUCUUGCUUGGACUCAAAUUUUCCAUAACUGGCACAUUUGUGAAAUCUGGCACCACAACAUAUGAUAUUACUAUGGACGAUGCAGCCAUCAUCGGCGGCCAAUUUGGAUAUCCCGUAGAGCUAGAAAGCAAGUUCAAACUAGAACUGCUGUAUAGCGAUGACAAGAUCAGAAUUACGCGGGGAUAUAAUAAAAUUGUUUUUGUGCAUCUGCGAACAGAUGGUACAGGACAGAACUAAGAUGGGCUAACCAAACAGAUAGAAGAUCUAAAUUUCAGGUGAUUGAUAAGCAAAGCUAUCAGAAAGGGUGAAACAAGCAUUUUGGUUGGGAAUGGGGUGAGCCUUGGAGCCUUGAAGUAGGGAUUGCCAGAAUUUUCUCAAAAGUCAGCUUCAUCUAGCAGGAGAAGUGGAGAUAAUUUCCCUCUCUCCACUACAGAACUGGCCUAUUGUAAAUCAUACCAUGAGAUUGGCCUAUUAACUCAGAAACAAAUUUACAUAUUAAAAUUGUUUUGACAUACU